GGUACUGGUAUCGCUGCCGCGAAGAAAGGAACGAGGAACAGUGCAGUCUCGAGCCUCGCGUCGAUCGCAACGCGUUUCUUUAUUUCACGACUGUUUUCAUGCUCGACUGCUACUUUUUUUAAAUGUGUGGUGUAGUGAUGAUACCGAAACGCGUUAAAAAUGUCCAUGAGAAAGAUAUAUCGGAGGUCCUCUGUAUAGAUUAAUUCAGUUUUGAAAAAGAGAAAAAAAGAGACCAAACACUUGGACCGAAAAUCAAUGGUAAACAACAAUGAGGCUAUAAAGAAAUUUGGUCACAAUACAAAAGUCAUAUUCGAAGAAGAAACUUACAAAGUAUCGUGAAAAACAACCUUGGUAUCAAGUUUUCUAUCUGAAUACUUUUCAUGUCGAAAAAGCAAAGAUAUUAUUUGCAAGGAUGAUCGAAUUCAUUCGAAAAAUAAAUGAUUAAGAUUUAUUCGGAAAGAAUCGUCCGAGAUUUGGGGAUGUCGACGUGCGCCAUGUGGACCUUAUGGCUGUCGAGAACGCGUUUCCGAUUCUAUUCGACAAGUCUAGUGUGCUACCGGAAAUGUUGAUGAUGAACGGGCCGGAUCCACGAGCCAUGGACUGGCGGGGGGUCGCAUUCGCGUUUCUAUUGGUGACAAUAGCAAGGCAUAGCACCACACAUGCAGCCCAAAUACCCCAGCAAUCGUCUACGUCAACCGUUGCGAUAGCGAGUACGGUGCAGAUCGAGUGUGCAAGCGAGUCGAUAGUCGUCCAUAUUUCGACCGAGCGUAACACGGAGUUUCAUGGUCUGGUCUAUCCACGGGGUUUAUCGAAGAACAGUUCUUGUUUACAAGAAUACAGAAGUCAACCAGCCCCUAUAACUUACAACCUGCCCCUCAGGUCGUGUAACACCAUGCCUACCGAGCUGGACGACGGUGGUAUCGAAUACUUCAAUACCAUAGUGGUGCAACCACACCUGAAGCUGGUGACCAAUCAGGGAAGGGGUUUUCACGUGCGAUGUCGAUACCAGACUCGAGACAAAGUGGUAACGAACGAUCAGACCCACGUCGCCAUGUUGCAGUCUCUACCGUUGCAGGCAACAGCACCCAUGCCAGGAUGCACGAUGAAGAUCUUUAGCGGAGAUCCAACGAGGCAUCAAGUGGCGGAAAAUGUGAAGAUCGGAGACCCUUUGACCUUGGUCAUCAGCAUCGACAGACAAGAAAUGUUCGGUUUGAAGAUCUCGGAUUGUCUGGUGCGAGAUGGUCUAGGAUGGGGAGAGCAAAGGCUUAUCAAUGACGAGGGUUGUCCGGUCGACGGAGAGAUUAUGGGACAAUUCACGUACAACGAAGACAAAACGGAAGCAAAGGUGAACUUUCAGGCACACAAAUUCCCUUAUACAGCGAGUGUGUAUUAUCAGUGCAACGUUAGACUGUGUAUAAAACACGGAGGAGGAUGCACCAACACGCCACCAGCUUGUAAUUCGGUAAGCAGACGACGUAGGGACACUACGAACAACAAUGUGGCAAAAGGUGUAGAGGGUCUAGAUGGAGGAACACCAGCAACAAUCGAAGUUUAUAGCGGGCUUUACGUGAACGAAGCUUCUGAUAUAGGUGCAAAGUCAGAGUUCACCGACGAUGUCUUCAAAGAAAGGACUAUUGACGAUCCAAACAGCAUCUGUAUAUCUCAAAGAAGCUUCGCCAUUGGCAUCGCAAUCGCGGGUUUGAUCCUCAUGUUAGCGGUGGUCGCGGCAAUUUUGGUUUUACUUGCUAAAAGACGGCACAAAACCGUGUCGACGACAGGUUCGUCCAUCUACAGUGGACCCUACACCAAUACCGCCUACAGUCACAGCAGUUAAUAAGUUCGCUUAUAUAUUAUCACUGCAACGAGAAAUUUCAACGACAAACUGUCGCCACGUGAUAACGAAAAGUAAAAAAAAAAAAAAAACGUAUCGGUUCUACGUCAGCCUCGUUACAUAGAGGCAUAGAUAAUUUAGGUAAAAUACAAACGAGGAGAUACUACUACCCUUUUGCUCAACUGCCGAUGCUACGUAUCGUCUUUUCGAGGAAAUAGCUCAGAACCCCUGGGUCCUGACACGUGAUCGAACACGAUUCGCUUCAAAAAAUAUUGACACACUCUGAUUACUUGCGGAAUCAUUUGAUUUCGAGGAAGAAUCAUAUUUUUUAUAAUACAUGAAUCUUUAAAUAUAAGUGUGCCAAUAUUUUUUUUUAUUUAACAUCUACCAUCUACUCUGCUCUUUUCUUUCAAACAUCUUGUAUAUCGUUGAGAUAUAUUUCUCAUAUCUUGCCAAUCAUCUGGUAAAUCAUCUGUGUUUCUAUUUCUACGUAUACAAAUUUCUAACACUGCCCUAUCGUGAAAUUGUUCACUUUAACACGUGUCAUGACCUAUUAUCCAAGUUUAGAGAUAUCCUAGCGUCUAAAACUCGACAAUUUUAAAAACGAAUCGACACGAAAUCCCUUAGGAUUAACUUUAAUAUAUACAUUUAUGUUAUCGUAUGGUUAUUAUUAUUAUUAUUAUUAUUAUUAUUAUUAUUAUUAUUCUAUACAUACUGUAUACUAGUCCGGUAUACGCUGUCCUAGCUAACCUAGCAGCCGCACUAAAAAAAAAAAAAA